UUCUAUAGCCUACACUAAAAGUGUCACAUUAAGCAGAGUCACUUCAAAUGAGUUCUACCUGUGUCCCGUCCCAAUUACACCACCCCCCGCCCCCCCGGACCACUCAUGGGGCUCGUGCUUAUAUCGGUAACCGGCUGCUGUGGACUCAUUAAUCCGGUAACCGAGUCCUGAGCUCGCAGUGUGGUGUUUAUCCACCGAGAUGCAUCUGCAUGUUAAUAUCUUUACACGGGUUUAAUCCUCCUCGCGGUUGCACAGGCGCACGCAAGGACGCGCGCGCUUCUCUGUCAGGCGUCAGCUGUACACGCGCGCACGAGGCGCCCGCGCUUGUUUUCCUUCCCGCUCGCGCCUGUAGCGUGCACCUCACACCGGAGACGGUUUGCGAUCACAAAGACGCAUGAUCAGACCGAAAACCUUCAUGCUGCCAUUAUGGGUUGUGGCGCCUCAGUAGCCACUGAGAACCAAGGAGGGCCGUCGGAAAUCGAUUUGAUGGUCAAGCCGUCCAGCCCAGUACUGACAAUAAAAGCUGCCAUACUGAUCCAGCGCUGGUACCGGCGUUACAUUGCCCGACUGGAGAUCAGGAGACGGUACACUUGGAACAUCUUCCAGUCCAUAGAGUACGCCGGAGAACAGGACCAGUUAAAGCUUUCCAGUUUCUUCAGCUUCAUGUUGGAUAACGUCACACAGCUGAGUGGGAACGAACCAGAUCUGAUCUCUCACCUGCUGGAUCCGGCGGUAGACCCUGUAACGGAGGAAGUCAGACAGUAUAAGUACGAGCAGAUCACGGUUCCCGAGUCAUACAGCGGCCCUCGCCUCUCCUUCCCCCUGAAUGUCACCGAUACCAACACCCUGCUCAGCGCCUUCAAGGAGCAACAGAUUCUCCAUGCCAAAUACGUGCUGCAGUUGCUUCAUGAGACGCAGAAGUUUCUACAGCAGAUGCCAAACGUCAUUUACCUGUCGUCGUCCUACGCCAAGGAAAUCACAAUCUGCGGUGACCUUCAUGGAAGACUAGAUGAUUUGCUCCUUAUAUUCUAUAAGAAUGGUCUGCCAUCUGCUGAGAACCCCUACAUAUUCAACGGGGACUUUGUGGACCGUGGCAAGAAGUCCAUGGAAAUUAUCAUCAUCCUAUUUGCAUUUCUGCUCCUCUACCCAGAUCACAUGCACCUCAACCGAGGCAACCAUGAGGAUCACAUCAUGAACCUGAGAUAUGGCUUUACAAAAGAAGUAAUGCAGAAGUACAAGACCCACGGGAGAGAAAUCCUCCAGCUCCUUCAGGAUGUGUUCAGCCUGCUCCCAAUUGCUACCAUAAUUGACAACAAAGUCCUCAUUGUUCACGGCGGCAUCUCAGAUGAAACCGACUUGGACUUUCUAAGCACUGUCGAAAGACACAAGGUAAAGUCAGCUUUGCGGCUGCCCAAGUGCGGUCUGGAUCACAUGCGUGCCUGCAGUGCCAGCAGUGGCAAGGGGAAGCGCAAGUGUAAGAGUCGCCUCACCUGGCAGAGCAGCAGCUCCUCUUCCUCCUCGUCCUCUUCUUCCUCCUCCUCAUUGUGCUCUCCCCGGGGAUCGCGGCGUGCUCCCCCAUCCCCCAAACUCCCAAGCCCUGCUGACAUACUGCAAGUUCCCUUCCUCGACUCCAUAGUGUCCCUUGCUCUGCCUGAGGCACCCAGAGAAGAGCUGGAGUGGAAGCAGAUCGUGGACGUGUUGUGGAGUGACCCAAAGAGCCAGAACGGAUGCAGUCCGAACUUGUUCCGUGGCGGAGGAUGCUACUUCGGGCCUGAUGUUACACGGAGGCUCCUGGAAAAGCACGGCAUGUGCCUACUUAUCCGAUCACACGAGUGCAAGCAGGAGGGCUAUGAGCUUUGCCAUGAUGGACAGGUAAUCACUAUUUUCUCAGCAUCUAACUACUACGAGGAGGGCAGUAAUCGUGGUGCAUACAUUAAGCUGGGUCCAGAUCUGAUCCCACGCUUCUUCCAGUACCAAGUGAGCCGCAGCACCAGGAAGCUUACUCUGCAACAGAGAGUCAGUGUGGCUGAAAGCUCAGCUCUAAAGGCUCUGCAGGAGAAGCUGUUCGCCCGUCGCUCUGAACUCAUGGCUGCCUUUCAGCAGCAUGAUCUCUACAACACAGGCAGGAUCUCCACCAAUGAAUGGGCUCAAGUAGUGGAAUCAGUGCUGAGGCUGGAUCUUCCAUGGCGUACUUUGAGACCACAUCUUGUGCGCCUGGCCUCCGAUGGGAACGUAGAAUACGAGUCAUGCUUUGAAAACAUUGGUCCGGGGCAACCCAUGCCGCAGGUAGCACCAAACUUAGCAGAAACACUGUACAGGUACCGAACUGACCUUGAGAUCAUCUUCAACAUCAUCGACAAGGACCAUUCGGGUCAGAUUUCCAUCGAGGAGUUCCGCCAAACAUGGAACCUGUUCAGUUCUCACUUGGGUGUGGAUGUGGACGACCGAGCCAUUGACGACAUGGCACGCAGCAUCGAUUUCAACAAGGAUGGCAGCAUCGACUUCAACGAGUUCCUCGAGGCCUUCCGGGUCGUCCAUAAGCUGGACGUGAAGGAGCAGCAGCAAGGCUGACACACCUAUUCACAUAAGACGAGAAAAUAUUAAUGCAAUGUUAAUCAAUAGCGCAGAUAAUGAUCGAUACGAAAUGAAUGGAUACGAACGUCUGCAUUCUCAUUCAUUCGAAUUUACUGGCAGAGGAUUAUAAUAAUUGCACUUAAUUGAAAAUUGGACUGAAAAACGCGGUCUUAUAUAUGCAUAGUCGGCAAGCAUUGAUAUGUCUGCUUAUUUAGGUUUGAGUUCAUUCUCUUUAUAUUUACAGUAUAAUCUAGUUGAAAAUACAGACGUGAAACAAGCCAUAGCACAGCACUGUGCUGCUACUUGAUACAACGAUGAAAUGAUGGAUAAUUAGUGGAUAUCGAUGGAGGAAUUAUACUUGUAUAUGUAUAUCUGUUGUACUACGGACUGCCAACGACAUAUUAAGGUCAUUGUGUCGCGUUCAAACCUGAUUUUAAACUAAUGCUAAGAUCUGUACACACAAAACUUAAACAAGGCAUGAAACGGACUCGUGUACGAAGGUGUAGUUUGCCUAUUACGGCUGCGUAUCUUUUCCUUCCGAGAAAAUACAUUCUCGAUACCUGAAGAAUAAUUUGAUGUAUGCGAGAUUUAAGGCAGCCCAUAAAUCACAAUUAAGUACAAUUAUACAAGAGCUGAUCAUUUGAUCAUUUGAUACGAUGUGAUUCAGUGUCGUCGUUAGAUGUGUCAAGUUCAGCUGAACUUUGCCUGGAUCGGACCGUUUCCUCUCUGUGCCGGGACUGGCUGUAGCCGUAUGUCAUUUUGGUGUAAAAACUACUUAAUAAAAACAUUUUUAUUCAAAUUUUUAAAAUGAUCUUUAAGCUUUGUGCACUGUUUUACACAUUUAACUUGGCUGGGAGAGAACAGCACCAUAAUAAGAACAUUUUAUCAAAUAAAUUGCAGGUUUCUGUGAUGUACUAAGUUGUAUUUAUUUAUUUAUUUGUUUGUUUUUCUUACGUCGGC